UUCCAUGCUCAUAGCUCAUACACACUCACUCAAAAGCUGGCACUACAUUCAUUGAUUCAUUGAUUCAUUGAAAGUGACACAAGUGGAAUCCAAUGGACCCUGCUGGCUAAAGAAAAGGCAAAAGAGAGUAAAUUAAGGGAAUUAAAUACCACAAAAUUAUUGAACAAAGAGAGAAGCUGCAAAUACCCUUCUUCUUCUCUCCACCAUUCUCAGAUCUAAAAUGAAGUUCUUGUUUCAGUGUCCCUGCUGCUCCUGCUUCUGCUUUAUGAAGCCAAAACAGGGGAAGCCCAAGCCCAAGGAAGAACCCAAGAAGGAGGCCAAAGAAACAAAGAAGGAAGAACCAAAGGUUGAAGAAAAGAAAGACUGACAUGUAACUAUGUUACUCCAUUUCAAGCUUUCUUUCUUCAUUAUUAUACUAAAUUUUGCAUUCUUCUUCUUUUUCUCAACAAAUUGUGUCUACUUAGUAUUUGCUUCUUCUUCCUUUAGUUACCAUUGUUACUUUCAAAAUGUACAAUGCCUUUGCAAAAUAAAGUUGCUAUUUCAAAUCU